UCGUCGUCGAAACAUAAACCUUAACACAACAAUUCUCUGUUUUCUGAUUCCAAAAAUCCCCUGUUUUCCUUCCUAUAUCUUCAAUUCUAAAUGGACCUGAGGAACUUUGGAAUUGAAUCUCCCAUUCUCUCCAUCCUUGAAGACAUGCUGGAGUUCCCCGAAGAGCAGGAGAAAACGAGGAACAAUCCUUCCCGAGCCUAUGUCCGUGACGCCAAAGCAAUGGCGGCGACACCGGCGGACGUGAUAGAGUACCCGACAUCCUACGUGUUUGUCGUGGACAUGCCUGGGAUCAAGGCCAAUGAGAUCAAGGUUCAAGUGGAGAACGACAACGUCCUGGUGGUGAGCGGAGAGCGGAAGCGUGAUAAGGAGAAGGACGAGAAAGAUGGAGUCAAGUACCUGAGGUUGGAGAGGAGAGUCGGAAAGUUCAUGAGGAAGUUCGCGUUACCGGAGAAUGCAAAUAUGGAUGCAAUAUCGGCGGUGUGUCAAGAUGGGGUUCUGAGGGUGACAGUGGAGAAGCUGCCUCCGCCUGAGCCUAAGAAGCCGAAGACUGUUGAGGUUAAAGUUGCUUGAAGAUCCAAUGGGGAGCAGCUCAAAGGAUCACUUAAGAU